AUGGUGAAGGGGGUCAUCUCUGUGGAUGAGCUUCUGUCAUGUACAGAGUCUGAGAUUGAGGAGGGACUUAAAGAGCAAGGUGUCGUUAGUGCAAAAAGGAUAGUCCUACGAAGGGACAACAAAGAGAUCCCCACAAAGCAUAUAAUUCUGACACUUCAACUUCAUGCUCUCCCACCGGAGAUAAAGGCCGGGUAUGUUAACUGUCGCAUCCGUCCGUACAUACCAAACCCUAAACGGUGUUUCAAGUGCCAACGUUCUGGCCACCAUUCCCAGGUUUGUCGUGGGCAGCUGGUCUGCCCGAAAUGUGCCAGUACCAACCACAGUCAAGAGUCGUGCGGCAACGCUUUCCAUUGUGUGAACUGCCAGAGCGAUCACCCUGCAUAUUCUAGAAGUUGUCCACGUUUCAAAGAUGAAAAAGAAGUUCUCAAAAUAAAAACUGAACAAAAUUUGACCUUCAAAGCGGCACGUGCGCUGCUAGAUUUUCAAAGAAAAGGCACUUUUUCUGAGGUGGUGCGUCGGGGAGUCGCACCACCCAGAAAGUCGGUGGAGACCCAAACUGUUGGGCCUCCACUGCAGACUCCCCAUCAUGUUCCCACGGACACUCAGGUGUCCCCUUCAGUUUCCCUGAGCAGCCAAAGUGCUGAGCAGGAAGAAGCAGCUGGCACCUCGAAGGAGGUUGGCAGCACCCUUUCUCUUUGGGAUGGGUUUGCUGAAAGCCCUUCCCAGAGUAUUGCACAGGACAUGGAGCUCGAUGGCGACGACUGCAUGUCGCAGAAGUCGUCAUCCAGCCUUCCAGGCAUGACCUCUCAGAUGAGAGAGCAAAGAGAAAAAGCUGGUGGCAGAGGAAGGGGGAAUAAACCCAUGGACAAAAGCAAACCGGCCCCACCAAGAGUGCUACCUCCCUGA